UAAAAUAAUUAAUUAAUUGUUAUGGAACCAAUAUGGACGUUAAGUUUUUUCUCUCUUGCCAUGUUUCUAGGCUGUUACUUAGCUGGAUCAAUACCUUUACUGCUCACACUCUCAGAGAAAAUACUGAGGAAGGUCACAGUGUUUGGUGCUGGACUGCUGGUUGGUACUGCACUAGUGGUCAUUAUACCUGAAGGAAUAGAGUCCCUUUACAGCAGUUCACACAGUCAUCACACUCAUGAUAAAGACGGUGAAGUUGAGACUUCCUCCUCCAGCUCCCCUCCUUCUUUCUCACUCUCUUCUGAGUCUGCCUCCAUUGGAGGUGAGGCGGAUAACGAGAAUCUAGAGUUUCUCCUUGGCCUCUCUCUUGUGCUUGGUUUUGUGUUCAUGCUGGUUAUUGAUCAGUGUGGAUCUCAUUCCCAUUCCAGUGGAACAGAUGUGGAGGCUGCAUCUGUUAGGAGAAAGGGUGGGAUCACUGUUACUGUAGGACUGGUUGUACAUGCAGCAGCUGAUGGUUUGGCAUUAGGAGCAGCUGCUGGUUUAUCAAAAUCUGAUGUUGAAUUUGUUAUAUUUCUCGCAAUUAUGCUCCAUAAAGCUCCAGCUGCAUUUGGAUUUGUUACGUUUCUUAUUCAUGACGGCUAUGAUAGAAAGACCGCUAGGUUUCAUUUAUUAAUAUUUUCUUUGGCAGCUCCUUUAGCUUCUUUUGUUUCUUAUUUUGGACUAAUUAGAGUUAUGUACUCUACUUCAAUUCCCAUCACUGGUAUCACAAUGCUGUUCUCUGCUGGCACAUUCCUUUAUGUAGCAACUGUUCAUGUUCUCAAUGAAAUCUCCCGAAUGUCUCCAAACUCUAGACUAUCAAUAGUUGAAGUUAUAUUGCUAGUGAUGGGUAGCUUGUUACCAUUAUUGUUCAAUGUCACACACUCUCAUUAACAUCAUAGUUCCUACAUGUAUGUACAAAGCAUAUAAAAAUUGUGACAAUUUUUUAUUAAAAUCUUUGAUACUUAUCAAUAACCA